AUGGGCGUGGCUGCGCUACCACGCCGGAGCGGAAAGGGAGGACACAACAGUUGGAGGAGGAGCUGCGCGCAGUGCGCCAAAUUGGAUCUGGGGGCGGCUUGGGUGGUUUCCGACACGAGGGAGACGAAACAACCCUACCACCACCAACCCCGGGCGUGGCACAGCUUCACCGGCCGGCCCUCCUAUGGCAACGAUAGGGGAGAGAGUGUCAGUGCUGGAGGAGUGGCAAUGCAUAUAUACAUGCAACCAACAAACCAAAAAUAUGCAAGGUCGCUCCGGGGAGACAAGGAGAUUGCGCCAUUCAUGCAGUUCGUACCCGCAUCGCAUAUAUGUUGUGUCGUGAUGGAUGGCACAAAUAAGUUCGUGUGGUCGAGCCACAAGGACGGUAGGAUCCGAUCAUGGUCCUCUCAACGAUGGUGGUAG